AUGGAGGUGAUGAUGGGCCAAAAAGGUGGGGCUGAGUCGGUAGGCUUUACCGGCAAGGACUUGGCCAACCACCUAGACAAGCAAAAAAGGAAAAGAGUCAAAGAUGGUGAUGCAGUUGCGGCGCUGUCCUAUUUACAAGGAAAACUUGACAGUGACCCACUAUUUUUCUUCAAGUACAACAAAUCGGAACAAGGUAAUCUCCUUAACUUGCUAUGGUGUGAUGGAACCAGUAGAAUGGAUUAUAACGUGUUUGGAGAUGUGGUUGCCUUUGAUAACACAUACAAGAAGAACAAGUAUAACAAACCUCUUGUGAUUUUUUGUGGAUACAACCACCACAAGCAAACAACUAUCUUUGCUGCUGCACUUGUUCAUGAUGAGAAAACUGAGACUUUCAUAUGGGUUUUGGAAACCUUGACUGAAGCAAUGUUUAACAGGCAUCCUAAGGUGGCGGUUACAGAUGGAGAUCUAGCAAUGAAGGAAGCUAUUAGAGUUGUGUGGCCGAAUACCACGCAUCGUCAAUGUGCAUGGCACAUUCACCAGAAUGCUUUGAAAAAUAUUAGAAAUCUUGAUUUUGCAGAUGAAUUCAAGUUAUUUGUGUACGCUAACUUAAACCCUGACAAGUUUGGAGAGAAGUGGGAUAAACUGGUUGAGAAAUAUGGUAUAGCCAACAAUCCAUGGAUUGAUACGAUGUAUGAGACAAGAGCUUCUUGGGCAAGCACCUUCAUGCAAGACAAAUUUUUUGCCGGUAUUAGGACGACAUCCUUAUGUGAAGGUAUUAACUCAUUCAUAAAGAAUUAUCUGCAUUGUAAGUGUUCCUUGUUGGAUUUUCUUUUCAAUUUUGAGCGGGCUAUGAAGAAAUACAGGCACAAUGAGUUGGAAUCUGAUUUUAAGUCUUCUUAUGGUGAGCCUGUUAUGACAACAGCACUUAGUGGCAUUGAGUAUGGAGCUGCCAAAAUAUUAACAAGGAGCAUGUUUUGGGAAGUCAAGGGUCAAAUUGAGGAUGCCCUGGGGCUAAAUGUGGAGCGUUCUGAGGUGGCCAAUAUUGUGAUGAUGAAAAUGAGAAAAAUUAGCAAUCGCAGAAAAGAAUAUAUUGUUGUUUAUGAUAAGAACCAGAAAAAGUUUGUAUGUGAAUGUGGUUAUUUUGAGUUUUAUGGCAUCCCUUGUUCUCAUAUAAUAGCUGGGAUGAGAAGUGAGUAUAUUGAUGAAUUUCCAAGCAAUCUAGUUUCUAAGAGGUGGUUGAAAACAGCCAAGUCUGCUCAUGUGUAUUCAAUUUCAGAGCCUAGUAUUCAUUCACAGAAUAUGAAAUUGUUGCGAAAAGGAGCUAUGUCUGCCGCAUGCAACUAUCUCGCAGAAAUAGCAUGCGAAAAGGAUGAUGAUUUUUCAAGUGUAAUGGAAGACAUUUAUAAGCUGUUGAGGGAUGUUCAGAAGAGUCGCAAACCGGGUUGUACAACAAAGAGUGCAGCCUUUAAUGUGGGUGAUCCAACUGUUGUACAGGGUAGAGGUGCCCCCAAGAAGACCAGAACUGUCACCAAGAGAAGGCAUUGCUCAAAUUGCAGGGGUAUUGGACACACGAUUCGUACGUGCCCGGUUUUGCUUUAUCCUGAUCAAGUCAAUAACAGUGAAACAGGUGAAUCUGCAAGUGAAGGAAUUGAGGACAGCACAGACGACGAGGUGAUUCUGAUAUUCACCAUAUUUAUUGCCUGGUCUGAUCAUAAUCAUGUUGCUUGUGCAUUUGGAUAUAUAAUUGUUAAAAUUGAAAUGAUUUACAGACAAACGUUGGCAGCGUAG